AUGAGUAAUAAAUAUACCGAUAUUAUUAAUUUAAUGCAAGAUAAGGCUGAGUAUGAUCCUAUCUGCAUUGACGAUCUUAUUCCACAUAAUGUUUUUCAAGCUGCAUAUUUGGAAGAAAUGGAACUUCCAUUUAAUAUGACAUUAUAUCGUUACUAUAGUGGGAAUUAUAUUGCGCACAAGUCAUUACCAAAAUACAGUACACGGCAAAUGAGAAAAAAUGUGAUUAAUAAAUAUUCACUUUAUACACGAUUGUCACCUGCUAUAUUAUGUACACUAUAUCAAGAUCUUACUGGAAAUGCGAUAAGCAAUUCAAAUUUGAUAUCUCAAGAAGUACAAGAACGCAUAAAAUUGAUGUAUGAAACUCAAGAUCCAAAUAUUGUAUUUGAUUUACGAAAAAAUGGAGGAUUUAAAGGAACUAAAUUUGAUGAAUUUUAG